GAGGGGUCAAUCCAUGCUACCCCGCAGCGGGGCCAAAGCCCACCAAGCUGUCGAAAGUGCAUGAUGUUGCCGAUCAUGAUUUGAGAAUAACUUCUUUACAUUGAUCCGAGAAUUCAUUCUUCGAUCUGGAUGAGACCUCACAGAGAAGCGACAAGAUGGCAUCUACCCUGCCCAAGCUCAUGAAAGCACAAUUCCUGGACGACUUCAAGAAGCCAUAUGAACUCCGUUCGACGCCGCUACCAGCACUAACAUCAUCUCAUGAUCUAUUAAUCAAGGUCGAUGCGGCGUCGUAUUGCCACACGGAUGCGGUGCUAGCAGAUGGGCUUAUGCCGCCUUAUCCGCCAUCGUUUCCACAUGUCGGUUGUCAUGAGUUUGCAGGCACAAUUGUGGCUCUGCCCUCAGACACAUCAACCUCAUCAUUCAAAAUUGGUGACAGGAUUGGUGUCCCAGGACGAGGAUUUCAUCCUUGCGAAUCAUGCUUUGAGUGCUUGAGCUACUCGGACCCUGAGAGCGAUCCACCAGGCUUCUCAGUCUACUGCCCAAAAGCGAAGAAUCAUGGAAUCGGAGCAGAUGGUGGAUUCAGGGAAUAUGCGGUAGUGGAUGAAAGACAAGUCGCUCUGAUACCGGAAGCGCUGAAUGCGGUCGAGACAGCACCUUUGAUGUGUGCUGGAGUUACGAUAUAUGCUGCGAUCAAAAGAUGUGGUUUGAAGCCAGGACAGAGAGUCGGUAUCUUAGGUGCUGGUGGUGGUUUGGGACACCUAGGACUGCAAUUUGCCACGAAGAUGGGGUUGAAAACAUACGGCAUGGACAACUCCGAAGUUGCCUUGCAAUUGGCACGUGGCCUCGAGACUGGUGCCAAAAUUGUCGAUGUGAGGACGGAAGAAGCAGAAAAGGUAGUCCAGCAGAUUGGAGAAGAAGACGGCAAGACGAUUCGAGGAGAAAUGGGACUGGAUGCUGUGAUCAUUCUGCCAGAAAGUCAAAAGGCCUUCGACUACGGAAUUAACCUUCUGCGAAAUCAUGGAAAGUGUGUGGUUGUGUCGUUUCCUGAUAAGGGUUUUCAUCUCUCAGCACAUGCCGUGGUAUUUCGAGAUAUUUCCAUAAUUGGCAGCUUGGUCGGAAGUAACAAGACUCUGAAUGAGAUGCUGCAAUUUGCAGCCAAGCAUAAUGUGAAGGCGAUCGUGAAGAGGUAUCCGCUGUCAAAAUUGAACGAGCUUGUGGAGGAGUACCAUAAAGGUGGCGGGGGAAAACUGGUGAUUGACAUGUCCAUGGAGGACAGUUCGUGAAUAAAAUGAUUCAAGUCUGAUCAGGUCUUUGUAGUUCGUAUUU